AUGAACUUGUACGUAGUCUCCAUUGAAUACACACUUCAACGGCCGAAUGCCGCUCUUGGAGACGCCGUCAUGUCCCCUAUGUUUCGUCGUGUUUCUUCCCGGUGCCCCAUAUUGCAUAUCUUUGGCUACACAACCACUGAAGGGAAUGACAGAGCAGCUGGAGAAAAGAGUUACGUUCCGCGUGAGGCGGCAAUAUCUGAAAGUAAAUUAGAUAGCAUACAACGGUACAGUGUUUGUGCUCAUAUUCACGGUGUGUAUCCAUACUUUUUUGUGCAGCGUAGCAAUUCGCGGAUAUCCGCUAUGCAGUUUGGAACCCAGCUUGAGUCGGUUGCUAUGGAGGCACUGAGCUCAGGACACAACAAGUCAGCAGCUGCUCCGCGUCCCCAUGAUCGACAACAGCUGAUACAUCACGUUGAUGUGGUUUGGUUGCUCCCCUUCUAUGGUUAUCACGGAAAGAAGCAGCCAUUUUUUAAAGUGUACGUGGUUGACCCAGCGAUGGUUAGCCGUUUUUUGCACCUGUUGUACUGCACAAAGCACAUGGGUGGCCGGCAAUGGUUGGUAUAUGAGGCCCACUCACCAUUUCACUUCCAGUUUAUGGCGGAUUAUGGAGCAAAGGGAAUGGGUGCCUUCUUCAUUCCCUCCUGCACCGCGCGGUCAAAACUUCCCGACAGUGUGCAGCCUGAGCAACUGAACAUCGCCGCCGUGCGACCCGAAGGGGAGCCCGCCAGGCUUAGUUGUGCUCAGAUUGAGGUUGAUGUGUCGGCAUCAUCGUUGCGUUUCCGCGACGGAGCCGUGCAACCGGGCGAAAACCUGCUAACCGCCAGGCGCAACGUUCGGCAGUAUUUUGCAGACCUUGGUGUAGAUGAUGCUGUGUUACGGGGGUGCACCUCUGGGUUGCUUGCGCGUCGUUUCACUGUUAGUGACCAACAACGUUGUGACCUUGGGGCCGUUUUGUUGCGUAAGCGCUUUAAUGAGUCUCUUAAAGCAAAAUUCACAGAUCCCGUUGUUGAGGAACAGGAGAAAGUGGAUAGCCCCGUCGGCGUUACACAACAAUUAAUGGAAGAUAUGCAAGGGAUCGUCGGCGAGGUCCUACUUCCGGAUUCAUCUCCGGGAUGCUUCUCCGCACCGCAACAUUCGCUGCACAAUGAUCAGGGCGAAGUGGGAACAUCACAGGACCCCCUAGUGCCUCCAGGAGUGACUAGUGAGCAGGGAGGAUGUGACGAAAGGGAACGACCUCUCCCGCGUUGUAGAUCCUCUGACACACCGUUACCAGGCAAUGAUUAUGUAGAAGGAAUGUCACCAAGGGGUGAGGACGAACCGAGUGUACUGUUCCCAUCGACCCUCAGUAGUGACGGCCCUGGAAGUAGUAGUAAUACUAACGCUUGUGGCUGCAGUGUUGAAAGUAGUAAGGGGGGAAACGAGGUUGCCCUUGACGCCCGUCUGCGGAACGACUGUGGCGACAGUGACAGGAAUUGGAGAGAAUCUCUUUCAGUUGGCGACACGGUUGCCAUUGCGUCAGAGGAGUCACACGACACAACUACAGCAAAAUCUUGCCUGUUUGCCAAGAUCGUGUGUUUAGGCACCAGCAGUGUCCGCCUGCGGUGGUAUGUUGCGUUAAGCGAGACCCAUCUCGCUGACUGUCAGGAUGAACUCGAGAAACGUGGUUGUUGGUUGGGCAAAGGAACGAAACUUGGUGGGUGUACUCCCGUCGCACAAGGUUACCAGGAGGAACUGUUACUUGGAGAUGUGGAGGAUAUAAAUUCGAUUAGUGUGCUCAGGCAGGGCCCACCCAUAGUGGUUCACCACUCUUACCACAGUUUCAUUCAUGACAGAAACUGCGGUAAGAUCAUCGGUGAUGGUGAUUGUUUCAUUUCCAUUGCACUGCUCUGUAGGUAUAAUUACCAUGUUCGUGAGCGGCGGCUUUCGGCCAUCGAACCUCGGGGGGAUGAUAAUUACGUGGCGAUGCCCGCGUUGCUCCUUCAGUCUACGCCAUGUGCUUCCAGUGAUGAUGAAAGCUCUCUCCUUGCUGAAGUGGCGGAUGAAGAUGAAGAGCUCUUCUCUUCACUUUCUUUAUCACCUCCUCCAGACGGGUGCGAGCUGUGUACAUUUCCACACCAACGGGCCCCGUCCAGACCGAGUGGAUCGGAUCACAGGGUGAGCGGGAAUAAUUUCAAGCUACCCGAGGGGUUGAGGCGUUCCGUAUCGAAAACAAUGCAGUGCGCUGUGCAAUCGCAGUUGUCACUACUUCAAAGUUUUUCAGUCUGUUGCUCACUUUCACCACGUAUUCGGGAACCUGUCUCUCCGUCUGUUGUAGCUAUAAGCAGCGGUGUGACGAGACCUUCUUGUGCUCUUUCCUCUUCGUCUGUCGAGUGCGUGGACCCGCAACGCGAAGCUCUGUUAGUGGAGUUUAAGCGUGAGGGUUCGUGUGUGCGGUGUUCUAAUCUUAUUGGAGAUAUACCCCGAAAUUUCAUCUGGAGGUUUGAUCCAAUUCAAAGACGUGUGGUUAUAUCCGGAGCAACGUGGCCACGAGUGGUGGCACUCGCUCCGAAGCUUCCACCACCAACGAAAUGUGUUUCCUCCCUGUUGAAGCGACCCUCAGUUCAACUUCUCACACGCAUAGCACAUUCGCAGGAUUUGACGCCACCAGAAGGCGCCCACACAGUUGCGGCAAAACAGGAAUGGUGCCCGCAUGGCUCCAGCAGUGGAUCCCGCUCUCAGCGCCACUCCACUCGUCUCAUAUGUGCUCUGCGUGUGAUGUUGGUCGAGGUGUUUCUUCAUCGCAGGGACGGCGUGCAGCAUGUUGCACAAGAACGUCUUUUGGCUGUCGGAUUGGGCCGAACGACGUCAAUUGAUGAGAGGGUCAAAGUGCGGCUUUUUUGUGUGACGGGGCUCUCACAAAAAGUCCCGGUGGGCCAACCACGCGUGAGCCCAUUUAGUGGUGCGGUGGAGGUGGUCCAGUUGCCGUCAGAGGAGCACUUGCUGAGGCACGUCAUGUGGGAAAUUCGAGCUUAUGAUCCCGACGUUAUCAUAUCCUGGGAGGUGGGCAGAAGUGGAAUAGGGCUGCUGGCGCUGCGCUACAAGAUCGCGCUUCGCCGCUCGCUCGCGCGUGACUUAUCACGCUUGACGCCAGAUAGCGCACUGUUUAACCAGAGAAGCGAGAACAUACAUCUUAAUCCCGAAGAGAAACCCUCUAAUAGUAGUGACGAAAAUAUUAGUGAGGUCGAAUGCGUAUCCCCUUCCUCUGACUCAUCACACUCUUCUUGCUCGGAGUCAACACUGUUCUCCACGGGCAGUGGGGCAACUGCUGCUACUACUAGGGGUUCUGUGGCACAUGUUAGAGGUGGGUCGACCAAUGCACAUCCUAAUCUUGGCGAUUUGACGAAGCAGCUCUCCCGUCGUUUUGGUGGAAGUCCACAGGUAGCCGGGAGAAUCAUUGUUGAUCUUAGCAAGUAUUUGCGCAAAUAUCUUCAGCUGCCGUCAACUACCCUACAGAUGGUAUAUAAGAAACUGUUCAACAGCAGCUUGCCCUUCUUUACUGACGUCGCCCUCACGCGGAUGUAUUGUGCGGGAGAAGCGGGUAUGCAACGUGUUUUUAUGUCGAUUCUCCUUACACGUGUCGUCGCCCCGCACCGCAUCGCCCAGCAUCUGCACUUCUUCACCCGCACAGCGGAGUUCGCCCGCAUGUUUGGAAUUCUGUUUAGUGAAGUUUUAACCCGUGGGAGUCAAUACCGCGUGGAAGCCACGUUACAUCGCAUGGCGAAGCCCAUGGGUUUUGCGCUGCUUUCACCACCACUGGAAGUUGUACACCGUCAACCGCGGUUGCAGAGUAUGCCACUGAUAAUGCAACCACGCAGUGGCUUCUACAAGGACGACCCCGUUGUUGUUUUGGACUUCCGCAGUCUGUAUCCAAGUAUUGUUAUAGCUUACAACAUCUGCUACACAACCUGUCUUGGUUCUGUGGGGAAAGGUGUGUAUGGACGCUUGGGUGUGCUCAAGUCGUACAAACGAGACGACAUGCUUCUUUCCUCACUUCUCAGUGGUCUUGCGGACACCAAGAACGACCACAAUGGCAAAAACGACGACAAUGAAAACAGUAACACACUACACGGCGUGACAUUUACGCCCAACGGAUGUAUGUUCUUAACUCCGGAGAAUCGUGAGGGUGUGCUACCUCAGAUGCUUCGUGUUUUACUUGACACCCGCGUGGAUCUGCAGGCAGCUCUGAAGCAUGUGGCUCACCCCUUCGGAGACAUUUACAUGCAACAGAUCUUGCAGGAACAACAGAUGGCUAUUAAAAUGCUUGCCAAUACAACCUAUGGUUACACCGCAGCUUCCUUUACUGGACGUAUGCCGUGCGCCGAUGUGGCUGACGCUAUUGUCAUGCUAGGACGCCAGACGUUGGAGCGAGCCAUGUGGUUAAUCAAUAGUCACCCCGUUUGGAAGGCAGAAGUUGUUUACGGCGACACGGAUUCAUUGUUUGUGCGUCUACCGGGGAGAACCAAGGAAGAGGCAUUCGCAGUAGGAGAGGAGAUGGCUAAAGAAGUGACAGCGGUUAACCCAGCUCCCGUGCGCCUGCAAUUCGAGAAGGUGUUGUUUCCUUGCCUUCUCCUAGUGAAGAAACGUUACGUGGGGUAUGCCUAUUUCAAGCCCGAACAACAGGAGCCGCAAUUUUUGGCAAAGGGAAUUGAGACGGUUCGAAGGGACCAGUGCCCAGCCACUGCGCACCUUGCUGCAAAAAUGAUUCACCUUCUCUUCUCCGGGGCAGGCACUGAAACCUUGCGACAGUGUUUCUAUGAAGAAGUAAGUAAAUUGCAACGUGGAGACUGCAGUCCAGUUGACUGCAUAUUUCGGAAGGCUGUGAAAUUUGGAAGGUAUAAACCCAAUGGGCGUUUACCAGCAGCAGCGCGUCUCGCGGCAUUGCUUGUGGAGAAGGAUGCCAUGAGGACUCCUUACUGGGGGGAGCGCAUACCAUUCGUCGUAAUUCGACGGCCGGAAUCCACACGAUUAAGCGAUCGUGUUGUCCACCCCCAACAGCUGCUGAGUGAUGAGGAUCAUCUUAUGCUUGACAGUGAGUACUAUAUCACACGACACAUUGUUCCUACGCUCGACAGGAUGUUUUAUCUGGUUGGUGUGAGUUGUGGCCGCUGGUAUGCGGAGAUGCCUCGGGGUCGUACUUACCAAAACUACUUUGAACUGGGAUUAAGUAUUGCUGCGACAAAAGCCGCCAAGCGGGCGCGAGGAGUGGCGACGCCCCCUACUUUGUGCGCUGAUGUCAUUAACGUUAAUAUUUCCAAUGCCAAUCACGGUAAUGAAAGGUUCAAGAGAAAAGGUAGGGGUAAAGGUAAAGGUGGCAGUGGGCUGCUUGGAAAUCAGUCGGCGAGGGGUGCGAAAAAUCGAACCCUUGAUUCAUAUUACCAGCAGACUCUAUGUGCUGUAUGCCUCACAAACUCAACAGCCACCUCACCGACUGACCCUCCAGUUUGCAAGGGAUGUCUUGAAAAUUUAUCAACCACCGCCCAACGCGUGACGUCACGACGUUACCGCGUGGAGCGCCACCUACAACUUAUGAAAAUGGCCUGCUUGCGAUGCAUAGGGACUUGUGGUGAGGUGGGUGGGCCGGGUUUUCUAUCCAGUCGGAAGAGGGAUAUGGAAGAUAUGAAUUUCUGCAUCCCGCAUAGCCUUGCUGCUGCACCUGACCGUGGCGUUCACGACGCUGGUGUUGUGGUGCGACGGUGGGGGAAACGUCAGCAGAAGCUUCAGGGGGAGGAAGAUAUUAGGUGUGUUUCCGUAGAUUGUCACUUGUCGUUUGAGAAGAAGCGGCUCUCUUCGCUCUACCUGCAGCUGCUUGUACUUGAAGACUACGUAACGACUCGCUGA